AAAUAAAUCCUUCAAAAAAAUUAUAAUGAAGUACAAUGCACUUAAUCCCUUAUUAAGCCAAUAUUGUACUAACACUAGUACACUCCUUCACAGAAAAUGAAAAGAAAAUCAUCACAAACCCUUCUCAUUUCAACACUAUAUAUUCUCAUUCAAACCAUAUAUUUAAACUCAUUAUUCACAGUAGCAUGGAUGAGAUGUCAAUGGCACCAAAAUCAUCAUCCUCUAACAAUAGUACCAUGAUGAUGAGCCUUAAGAUGCAGGGCAUGAUACACAUGACAUUCUUCUGGGGUAAGGAUUCGUUGAUUCUCUUUAACAAUUGGCCUGCGGGUAAUACCAGUAAGUAUGUAAUGGCAUUGUUCAUGAUUUUCAUCGCUUCCAUGCUCAUGGAGUUACUCUCCUACACACCGUUCAAACCUGGUUCGAACCGUAUGGUGGCCGGACUAGUUCAGACGCUUUUGCAUGUCCUUAGGGUUGGAUUGGCUUAUUUGAUCAUGUUGGCACUCAUGUCUUUCAAUGGUGGAGUGUUCUUGGUUGUUGUACUUGGUCAUGCUCUUGGAUUCUUCGUAUGUAGCCGUGCUUUUAAAGAACCACAUCACUAUGUGGCACUUUGAGAGAGUCGACACAACAUAUUACUAGGCCUAAAGCGAACAAUAAAUUGAGGCAUUUUAUGUAAUAAAGACUAACAUAAAAAGUCGCUUUUAAA